CUGACUCAAAACUGAAACUGUCGGGGCAUAAAAAGACAACACACUUCAGAGAGUCAGAGAGAGAGAGGAGUGCUGGACAUCACUUGGACCAAACAACUUGAGAUAGUAUUGAUUUUGCUGAACCAGGUGGCCAAAUCUGGAUUAAAUAUUUCUGAUUGAUACUAAGUACGAUUAAGACGGCUGCAUAUUUGUAAGAUCUGUGUUAAGCCUUUUUUGCCAGCUAAGGAUGGGGACAACAAAAGACUCAGAGGUGGAGGAGAGACCCAAAUGGGACAACAAGGUUCAAUACCUGCUGACAUGUAUUGGCUUUGCAGUAGGACUUGGAAAUGUGUGGCGGUUUCCCUACUUGUGCCAAAUCUACGGAGGAGGUGCAUUCCUUAUCCCCUACCUGGUCGCCUUGGUGUUUGAGGGAAUCCCCCUGCUCUACCUGGAGCUGGCUAUAGGACAAAGGCUCCGCAUGGGCAGCACUGGUGUCUGGAACUCCAUCUCCCCACUGCUGGGUGGAGUUGGUAUCGCCUCCAUGGCGGUAUCUUUCCUGGUGGGCAUUUUCUACAACACCAUCCUGGCCUGGGUGCUCUGGUACUUCUUUCACUCUUUCCAAAACCCCCUCCCAUGGAGUCAAUGCCCACUCAAUGAUAACCGAACAGGCUUUAAUGUGGAAUGCGAGAAGAGCACACCGUCUAAUUACUUCUGGUAUCGUGAGACCCUGAACAUCACACCUGACAUAGAGACCAGUGGCUCCCUGCAGUGGUGGAUGGUCAUCUGCCUGGCCUCUGCGUGGUGUGUCGUCUACAUCUGCUUCAUCAAAGGCAUCGAGUCUGUGGGAAAGGCUGUAUACGUGACAGCGACCUUUCCUUACCUGGUGCUGACUAUAUUCCUAAUCCGUGCCCUCACUCUGCCUGGAGCUACUGAUGGACUGGCGUACCUCUUCACACCUAAUUGGGAGACACUGAAAAACCCACAGGUGUGGCUGGACGCCGCCACCCAGAUCUUUUUCUCUCUUUCUGUGGCAUUUGGAGGUCUCAUAGCUUUCUCCAGUUAUAACGCAGAGAGAAACAACUGUGAGAGAGAUGCUGUUCUUGUAGCGGUUAUAAACAGUGCUACAUCUCUCUACGCCUCCAUUCCCAUUUUCUCUAUCCUGGGGUUUAAAGCUACCACCGCCUACAACUCCUGUCUAAAACAAAACAUCCUGUCUCUGACCAACCACUUUGAGUUUUCAGACCAGAAUAUAACUCUGGAGAACUACAAUGAGUGGUUUAAUUAUCUUAAUCAGACAUCUCCAGCUGACAUCUCCAGUUUGGACCUGAAUGAGUGCAAUCUACAAACUUUCCUUGGCCAGAGUGCUUCGGGUACUGGCCUGGCUUUUAUUGUGUUCACCGAAGCAGUUAUAGAGAUGCCAGGCUCACAGGUAUGGGCCAUACUGUUCUUCGUCAUGCUCUUCAGCUUAGGUCUCUCCUCCAUGUUUGGGAACAUAGAGGGUGUUCUAACGCCCAUCAAAGACCUCAAAGUGCUGCCCAGCUGGAUCUCCAACGAAGUCCUAACAGGUAUCAUUUGCUUGAUAUCCUUUUUGUUCGGCCUUAUAUUCACCAUGGGUUCGGGCAACUAUUGGGUAGAGGUCUUUAACAGCUAUGUGGGCUCUGUACCUCUGCUCAUCAUCGCCUUCUUUGAGAUCAUUGGAGUCGUUUAUGUCCGUGGAAUGAAAAAUUUCAGUGAAGACAUCUAUUUUAUGACUGGAAGGAAGCCCAACAUCUUCUGGAAGGCAUGCUGGUUGGUGAUCAGUCCUGUAAUGCUCCUGGUGGUGCUGGUUGCCUACGUGAUCAUUCAGGCACAAUCUCACCCCAUGUAUCAAGCAUGGAACCAAGCUUAUGACAAAUUCCCCCAAAGUGAAAAAAAGCCAUAUCCAGACUGGGUGUUUGCCAUCAUCAUCCUCCUGUCUGUGGUGCCUGUGAUUUCUAUCCCUCUGGUCGCUCUCUACAGACUGAUCUGCUGUAGAAGCAAAGGGUCAUCCUCUAAUGUCAACUUAAAUCCCUACUCCAAUGGAGCCUUUGAGAUUGAGGAACAACCUACGAGGGCUUGAGGAAUGUGGCAAGUGACAAACAGAACAAGACGCUGUGAUGGGUUUCACCACUUUGUUCAACAGCGAACAUACAAUCAGUCACCGUUUCAUAUUGAUUCUAAUGUUUACACUGUGAGAAUUUAGAACCUGACUUCACAUAAGACAACUCCUGUUUGUUUUCCUCAAAAACAAAACUGGAUUUAUUUAGAAGUAAAAAUUUUUCCUUGUGAAUAACAAAAUAUACCACAUCAUACUGAAACACUAUGAUUCCACAUUUGCAAACCUGUACAUUUCCACAUAAACACACCUUAUUAUAAAUCAAAAAACGUCACUAAAAGACACGUUAAGCUUUCUGGACGACUUUUAAAAGAUUAUCACUGGUGUAACAUAACUACAAAUGCAUCACCCUGUACAAAAAUGAUUUGACUACACUUCAGCAGGGUGAUGAUGUAUUUAGUUACACAUGAAUUAUUUUCCAAGUGAAAACUGAACUACCAAAUUAAUAUCCAUAAAGAUUGCACCAACUGAAGCACAGUAGCUGGAUAAUUUUCAGUUAUCCAUCUUUAUGGAUCUGGUUCUUGUUUUCUAGGGUAGUGUUCUGAUUGACAUUUGUCAUUUUUCACUCUGAGAUAGAUGCUUUGCCACACAGACAAAUCCAAAUGACUGAUUUCAACACACAGCUCAUCUCUGAGAAGCGCCUACAUCCCAUUUUUAGAGACCAUAACUUACAACAUUGAUAUUUCAGGGAAGCUGGACUAAACAGAGAAAACUAAACAGAGAACAUUCUCAUACCUUUCUGCUCCAGCUACAUUUCUGGUGUUGGAAACUGUUACUAGGACUAGUUUGCAGUCUAUGUCUGGAUGGCCAAGAAGUCGACUGGGGUCCUGGGGUUAGUGACCUGUCGGACCCUGGCCAACCGCAGAUCUCCCAGACGCCGUUCCAGACUCCGCUUCCCUGUUAUGCAGACGUAAGCAGAAUGUUGUUUUUCGUUCUUUGGUGAACAAUUUUAAAAUUCAACCAUCUGAACAAUAAAAUCAAAUUUAAAGUGUCAAUAAAGUGAUUCACUGGGAUGGGUGCACCCCUCAUAAAGGCCACAUUCAUAGGGAUUGGCCUUCAUGGCAAUUUGCAGUGGUUUUAUAUUUUAUGGUCUUUACCCAUGUGAGCUAUGCACUGCAUAAAACCCCUUUGCCCAGUGAAAAUGCAACAUAAAGGCAAGAGUGUAUUUAAGGGCACAAUACUGAAGGUUCCAAAUACUGUCAUCUAUGUUACUGGUAAUAUUUACAUGGGCGCUAGUAUUCCUUUUAAUUAAUAAUUUAAUGUUAUUAUUUCUGAAUCAGAGUAAAAAGGUAACCCCCUCCAUCUAUCACACACGGUCAUGGGACCUGUUCAUAAUCCAUUCAAUAGGCUGACGUCAGUGCCUGAUACGCACUUGACACUUGAUCAGUUCCACACAGGGUGAACAUCAGGUGAUGUGUAAUGAUGACGACAGCAAGAAAACAAGCUGUUCAAACAAGCGAUGAUGAAUUAAGAUAAAUUAGUCCAUGUAAAUGUAGAUUUUGAUUGAUCUGCCAUCAAUAAUUCGUGCAACUGGACCAGUGAACAUGCGAAUAGAUAUAGGAAUGACACAGCUGCGGCAACAUCUUUAAAUUAGUAUCUAAUUAACAAUUUCUACAUUCAGAAAAAGUUUCAACACUGACAGAAAUCUGCUAAAAAUCUCUCCAUUCAAAUCUUCCUAUAAACAUGGCUUUUGUGCAAAGUUGUGAGUGAGAUGUGAGAAUUUGCCUCUUCUCCUGGUUUUAUGAUUGUAAACCAAGUAUUACAGAGUUCUGAACUGUGCUGUUCUUUUGUGUUUUUUUAAUAAGUAAACAAUUGUUAGAUGCCGUGCUAAUAUUAGACUAAAUGUAUACUUAAUUUGUAGAGUUGCGUCUAUUUUGUUUCCAUUUUUCUAUGUAUAUUUUUAUGUAUUUGUAAAACACACUGUAUUGUAUUCUGUAUGAAGUGAGCCAUAAAAAUAAAAUUUAAAUUCUGAUAUACAUAAA